CAGGAAAACCCACAGCAGCCUCUAUAACAGUACUAUCGCGAUGACAGAUAACGGGAUGGCUCCAGAGGUAAUUCUCUCGUAAGCUUCUGGAGUACUCGCCUCCUCAACUUUACCAGUACCCGCUACCUUAACCACUGAGAUGACUGCACCACCUGGAAUCCUAGAGCGGACCGGAAGUGAGUUUUGCUCACCGGCCCGAGGGGGAUGCGCUAGCCCUGAGGCUGGUGUGUGCCCCACCCCCCACGUCUCAGCGUUUCAGUGUGAGCUCCUCAGAGUGGAAGCUGUGCAAGGGAGAAGGGUGCUUGUGCGUGGCGGCAAUCGGGCCUCCUCAGGCAGCUCGUGGUGUGGGGGGAGCCCCUUUCCUCCCGGGCCCGGUCUUCCGCGCGAAGCUCUCUCUGGUUUCCUUUUCCUAGGCUUUAUUUAAGGCCAGAGUGUCCAAGAUAAAUUCAGUUUCUAUUUCGCAAGUAUCCCGUCGCUCAAUUUGUGAUCCUGCAGCUUUAGUGAGUAGUUUUGCGCUCAUUUCCGGUCUUGUCAGAGGAUGGCUUUACUGUCAAUGGAAUUGUUUUAGUAACUGUCCUGUGUUGUGACGUAAACAAAUUUUUUAAAACUGCCUCUGUAAUUGCUCUUCGUUAAGUGUUUUCUUAUAUCGAACAUUUUCGUGACCAAAGAAAAAAGGGCUCAGGUAAAAUCCCCCUUCCGCUUAGACCACAAUUGUAAAGAGCCUUUCCCUGAACCGUCUAAGCUCGCGAUGGAAGCAGCCUCUAGGGUCCUCCCAGCCUUGGCUGGCCAGGUUUCAGAGGAACCAGGGGAGAUUAUCAAAGUAAAGAUUAAAGAAGAAGACCAUAUUUGGGAUAAGGAGUCCUGCCAGCAGAGGGAUUUGUCUUAUACCAGGGAACUCUCUCGUCAGCGCUUCAGGCAGUUCUGCUAUCAGGAGACCCCUGGGCCAAGGGAAGCUCUGAGCCAACUGCGGGAACUUUGCUGCCAGUGGCUGAGCCCAGAGAUACAUACCAAGGAGCAGAUCCUGGAAUUGUUGGUGCUGGAGCAGUUCCUGACCAUUCUGCCAGAGGAGCUCCAGGCGUGGGUGCAUGAGCAUAAUCCUGAGAGUGGAGAGGAGGUGGUAACUGUGCUGGAAGAUUUGGAGAGGGAACUUGAUGAACCUAGACAGCAGGUCCCACAAGGCACAUAUGAGCAGGAAGUUCCUAUGGAAGAAAUAAUGCCUCUGGAUUUCCGAAAGGAGUCCUUAGGUACCCAGCUCCAGUCUGUAGAAGACAGAAUAGAAUGUGAACCUCCAGAACCACAUCCACUUCAAGAUAAUGGGUCAUAUUUGUGGCUUUCCAUGAUGUCUCAAAGCAUGGGUAGUGAUAACCUUAGUACCUUAGAUACUAAUGAAGCAGAAAUUGAACCAGAAAACAUGAGAGAAAAAUUCUUCAGAAACUUAGCAGUGUUACUAGAAAACAAAAGUAAUAAUACUAAGAUAUUUUCUAAAGCAAAAUACUGCCAAUUAAUAAGGGAAGUAAAGGAGGCUAAAGCUAAAGCAAAAAAAGAAUCAGUUGACUACCGGCGCUUGGCUAGAUUUGAUGUUAUCCUUGUACACGGAAAAGAGAAGCUGAUUGAGGCUAUAAAUGGAGAAACAGAUAAAAUACGUUAUUAUUUACACAGUGAGGACUUAUUUGACAUUCUUCAUGAUACACAUCUCAGCAUUGGACAUGGUGGACGUACCCGCAUGGAGAAAGAAUUACAAGCAAAAUAUAAGAACAUCACAAAAGAAGUUAUAAUGCUAUACCUCACACUCUGUAAACCAUGCCAACAGAAAAACUCAAAACUCAAAAAAGUUCUAACAUCAAAAACAAUUAAGGAAGUUAAUUCAAGAUGUCAAGUAGAUCUCAUAGACAUGCAAUUGAAUCCUGAUGGGGAAUAUAAAUUUAUUAUGCAUUAUCAAGACCUUCAUACAAAGUUAAAUUUUUUGCGGUCACUAAAAUCGAAAAGGCCUGAGGAAGUUGCACAUUCUCUUUUAGAUAUUUUUACAAUUAUUGGAGCACCCAGUGUCUUGCAGUCCAACAAUGGGAGGGAAUUUUCAAGCCAGAUUGUCAGUGAACUCAGUAAUAUUUGGCCAGAAUUGAAAAUUGUCCAUGGGAAACCUCAGGCCUGCCAAAGCCAAAUUUCUACAGAACAAACUAAUGAGAUCCAAAAAAGAAUCUUCUCCUGGAUGCAAACAAACAACUCUCCACAUUGGACUGAAUUUUUGUGGUUCAUUCAGAUGACCCAAAACCAACCCUAUCACAGAGGUGUACAGCAGAUUCCAUGUGAAGGUACAUUUAGAUCUGAAACUAAACUGGACCUGUCCCAUUCUCAGUUAACUGAAGAACUUGUUGCCAAAAUACAUGGAGAAAAUGAAUUAAAUCAAGCCAACAGAGAGUUUGAAAAUACUUUAAGAGCCCAGUAUGAAGAAAACAUUGAGACUGGAACAGAUAGUAGUGAUAUUGAAGAAAAUCUUUCUAUUACCCCUAAUAUGGCUGAAGAAAACCCUUCUGAAAGCAGACUAAGAUUUUUAUCCUGUGUAGUUUGUGAAAAAGAAUGCACAGGUGCCAAUAAUUAUACAUCAUGUCUGGGAAAUGUCCAUGCAAUCUGUAGAGUGCCUGCUCAACAUGAGACUGAGGGCCAUGGUCACCAAAUAACUUGUAAUCUUUGCUAUGAGACCAGUACAAUGAAAAGGAAACAUAAUGACAUUCAAAGAGGUUUGGCAGUUCAACCUUCUAAAAUGCUUAAGUCAUCAGAGACACCAUUUUCACCAGACACAGUAGGAGACUGGAUGGCAAAACAAACUUCACUGGACUUUUUUGUCAAGAAAAGACAUGCCUUUUCUGAAUACAGAAGUAGUAAUAAAAGAAAUGGUAACAAUAGAAAUCAUCCUGAAGAAGUGAAAACCAAAAGAGUUCAUACUAGUUUUACUCGGAAAUAUGAUCCUUCAUAUAUUGAGUUUGGUUUUGUAGCUGUAAUUGAUGGAGAAGUACUAAAACCACAGUGUAUUAUUUGUGGAGAUGUACUGGCUAAUGAAGCAAUGAAACCAUCAAAACUUAAACGACAUUUAUAUUCAAAACAUAAAGAAAUAAGUUCGCAACCAAAAGAAUUCUUUGAAAGAAAGAGUAAUGAAUUAAAAACUCAGCCAAAGCAGGUGUUUAACGUUUCUCAUAUAAAUAUUAGUGCUUUACGGGCUUCGUAUAAAGUAGCACUUCCAGUUGCUAAGUCUAAAACACCGUACACAAUUGCUGAGACACUAGUCAAAGACUGCAUCAAAGAAGUUUGCUUAGAAAUGUUGGGUGAAUCAGCAGCAAAGAAGGUAGCUCAGGUACCACUUUCCAAUGACACCAUAGCUCGACGUAUUCAGGAACUGGCUAAUGAUAUGGAAGACCAACUCAUAGAACAAAUAAAAUUAGCAAAAUAUUUUUCAUUGCAACUUGAUGAAUGCAGAGAUAUUGCUAACAUGAUAAUUCUGUUAGUAUAUGUGAGGUUUGAACAUGAUGAUGAUAUAAAAGAAGAAUUCUUUUUUUCAGCCUCUUUGCCUAUUAAUACAACUAGCUCAGAACUAUAUGAAGCUGUGAAGAAUUAUGUUGUUAACAAAUGUGGCUUGGAAUUUAAGUUUUGUGUAGGAGUAUGCUCUGAUGGUGCAGCUUCAAUGACAGGAAAACAUUCUAAAGUGGUUACCCAGAUUAAGGAACUUGCACCAGAAUGUAAAACAACGCAUUGCUUCAUUCAUCAGGACAGUCUCGCUAUGAAAAAAAUAUCAGCUGAACUUCAUAGUGUGCUUACUGACAUAGUAAAAAUUGUGAAUUAUGUAAAAUCUAAUGCGUUGAAUUCAAGAUUAUUCUCUUUAUUAUGUGAUAAUAUGGAAGUUGAUCAUAAGCAAUUGCUACUGCAUGCUGAGAUACGGUGGUUGUCACGGGGAAAAGUUUUGUCAAGAAUAUUUGAACUACGAAAUGAACUCUUAGUGUUUCUGCAAGGCAAGAAACCUGUUUGGUCUCAACUUUUUAAAGAUGUGAAUUGGAUAGCCAGACUUGCUUAUUUGUCUGAUAUCUUCAGUAUUUUUAAUGAUCUUAAUGCUUCUAUGCAAGGGAAGAAUGCAACAUGUUUUUCAAUGGCUGAUAAGAUUGAAGGACAAAAACAAAAGUUAGAAAGUUGGAAAAACAGAGUUUCUACAGAUUGUUAUGAUAUGUUCCAUAAUUUAACAACAGUCAUAAAUGAAGUAGGUCAUGAUCUUGAUAUUGCACAUCUGCAAAAAAUUAUCAGUGAACAUCUUAGACAUUUGUUAGAGUUUCUCGAAUUUUAUUUUCCAUCCAAAGAAGAUCCACGCAUAGGAAAUUCAUGGAUCCAAAACCCAUUUCUAUCAUCAAAAAAUAGUUUAAAUUUAACGGUAACUCUACAUGAUAAGUUGUUGAAACUGGCUACUGAUGAAGGAUUGAAAAUAAAGUUUGAAAAUACAGCAUCACUUGCUUCAUUUUGGAUAAAAGUUAAAAAUGAAUAUCCUGAGCUUGCUGAGAUUGCUUUAAAAUAUCUUCUUUUAUUCCCUUCAACACACCUCUGUGAGACAGGAUUCUCUACUUUAAGUGUUAUUAAAACAAAACAUAGAAACAGUUUAAAUAUACAUUAUCCCCUGAGAGUAGCAUUGUCAUCAAUUCAACCUAGAUUAGACAAAUUAACAAGCAAGAAACAAGCUCACUUAUCACAUUAAAAACUUAAAAUAUUGUUAUAUACAAGGUGGUUGUUCAAAAUAUGCAUGUGGGCAUUUAGUGUGAGGAAUUCACUAUUGCACUUUAAACUUUGUUUAGUUACAAUUAUGGAAAUAUAAAGUUAUGAGUAAAAUAGCAAUUUUCUAGAUAAUUUGCCUAUAUGUACACUUUCAAUGAGGACUUUGUAUAAUUUUAUAAUUUUUUCCUGUUAUAUUUAUUAUUAAAAUAAUUUUGAAUUUGUUUAAAAUAUUAAAAAAUUUAUCUUUUAUAUGUCUUUUUUAUUAUUGUAUUUCAUUAGUAUGUUAAGAUUGUAGGACUACUUCAGGAUGGGGAAUGAUUUCUUUGAAAUGGCAGAGUAAGUCAGUGAAGAUUGAAUUCAGGGGUAGGAUUAGAAUUCAAAUGCAAAGAAGGAGGUCAGUAAGAUGUUAAAUUAGUUAAGCUGAUUCCGUGGGGAGAUUUGAAGUCAAUGUUAAGUAUGUUUUUGUAUAUGCAUGGUUACCUAGUGUGUUAGUAGGUAAGGUAGAGGAAACACUUAUAAUUGUGUUAAAGCUUUGAAUUCGUAUUGAUAAAUUCUGGUUUUAUAAGUAUGGGGGAUUGAGCCAUAGUGACAAGUUUGUCAGAAGGUUUUUAGACUUUGCUAUUGUCUUCAAGGUGCUUAGGACAAAGUUAGGUAUUAUUACCAUCUCAAGUACAUCUGACAACUUCUAUUUAGAGGUGAUUUGAAAAAAAUGUCACACAUUUCUGUUCUUAUAUCUGUCUACUCACUUCUGACUGAAAAUAGACUAUUAGCACAGAGCAGAUUCUUUAGGGUAAAAGAUGACAGUUUUGAAAAUAUGUACACAUUUAUAUGUGCACAUUUGCUAAAAGUUAUCAGCAAUCAUCUUGUAUAUAUGCCAGAAAAUGAUAGUCUUUUCCUGGACAAGGUAAAAACUUACACAUAUGCUUCUUCUCAAAGAAAUGUAACAAAGAAGAGAAAGAUACUUAGUGAUAUAAAAUGUCACUAAUAUCUUAAGUGUUUUUGCUUUGAAAGUAGAAGAAACAUUCACAUGUAGUUCUGAAAUCUUUGUUGGAUUAUGUUUUAUUGUGUGUUGCUUUUAAUAAAAUCUUAUGACUGUCUCGAGAAACAAACAAACAAAAAAAAAAAGUGAUAAUGGUGGAUAAAUUUAGAAAGUGGUUUGGCUCCUCCAACCCACAACUUACGUACCUUCUCUCCUAUGUG